AUGGACUUUACCGACCUUUAUAUCGAUGGCGCCUGGCGACAGGGAGCAAGGGGCGAGCGUUUCGACGUCAUCAAUCCGGCAACCGAAGGCGUGCUUGCGUCCGUUGCAUCGGCGGACAUCGAGGAUGCAGACCUCGCCUUGGACGCAGCCGAGCAGGCCAUGAGGGACUGGGCGGCCAGGACACCACGGCAGCGUUCUGAAGUCCUGCGCAAGGCCUGGGAGCUGAUGACCGCGCGCCUGGACGACUUUGCGCGCCUGAUCACUCUUGAAAACGGCAAGGCACGUGCGGAUGCCAUGGGCGAAGCGGCCUAUGCAGCGGAGUUUUUCCGCUGGUUUGCCGAGGAAGCCGUCCGCGCAGAUGGCCUGAUCACGACUGCCCCGGCGUCCGGGGCACGCAUCAUCGUGCAGCACAAACCCGCCGGUCUGGCUGUUCUGGUAACACCUUGGAACUAUCCGGCCGCAAUGGGCACCCGGAAAAUCGCACCUGCCCUCGCCGCCGGAUGCGCGGUCAUCAUCAAGCCGGCCUCGGAAACCCCGCUUACAAUGCUUGCAUUGAUGCCGUUGCUGGAGGAGGCAGGCGUGCCCCCCGGGCUGGUCAAUGUCCUGCCGUCAAAGCGCACGGGUGCGCUGGUCGAUCACAUGUUGCAUGACCCGCGUGUGCGCGUCGUAUCCUUCACCGGAUCGACGGCGGUUGGACGCAAGCUGCUUCAUACUGCGGCCGACCAGGUUCUCAAGCCGGCAAUGGAACUCGGAGGAAACGCGCCGCUGAUCGUCUUCGACGAUGCCGAUCUUGACGUUGCCCUGGAAGGCGCAAUGCUCGCCAAGAUGCGCAAUCUGGGAGAAGCCUGCACCGCGGCCAACCGCAUCUAUCUGCAUGAGGCAAUCGCAGAAGAAUUCACCCGCCGGAUGGCAGAAGCCAUGGGAAAAUUGAAAGUCGGUGACGGCACGGAUCCUUCCGUCGAUGUCGGGCCACUCGUCAAUGCUGAAACACGCGACAAGGUUGCAGACUUUGUCGCGGACGCCGUGGCAAAGGGUGCGCGCCUCGAAGUCGGGGGCCAGGCUCCCGACGGCAAAGGCUUCUUCUAUAUGCCGACCGUGCUUUCCAAUGUGCCCGAGACGGCCGAGUGCGUUCAUGACGAAAUCUUCGGCCCUGUGGCCGCUCUCCAGACAUUUUCUGACGAAGACGAUGUCAUUCAGCGUGCAAACGACACGGAGUAUGGUCUGGUGGCAUAUGUAUUCACCGGGGACAUGAAACGCGGUCUCAAGGUUUGCGAACGCCUCGACUACGGCAUGGUCGGUCUCAAUCGAGGCCUGGUUUCGGACCCGGCUGCCCCGUUCGGCGGCACCAAGCAAUCCGGCCUCGGACGCGAAGGCGGGCAUGAAGGCAUGCUGGAAUUCAUGGAAACCCAGUACAUUUCUGCUGGCUGGUAG